UCUCCUAACUCCCUCUCUUUAAAAUGCUCUCUUCUCCACCGCUAACCAAGCUAAGCUGCUCCAACAAGCGUGUUGUGCUUGCUUUCAAUUCCUUCAAUUGUUUUUUCUUGGAAGGUUAAUUAGCUCAUCCGCUUCUCAUAGACUGUCCUUUGUUUAGCUUCCCAUAGACUCUCCUUUGUUUAGGAACCCAAGCAAAACACACAAUUUCAACUCACAUCACAACUAUAAAAAGAUUUAGAAAGAGAAAGAUUGAGAGAGAGAGAGAGAGAAGAUGGGUAGCAUCGAUAUGGAUAAGGAGAGAUUGACGGCGGAGAUGGCAUUUAAGGACUCAUCGUCCGUUGUCAUCAAAAUCCAUCAACGAUUGCCGGACUUUUUACAGUCGGUGAAGCUGAAAUACGUGAAGUUGGGGUAUGGCUACUCAUGCAACUUCGCGACAGUUGUCAUGUUUGUUGUUGUCUUACCAUUGUUCAUUGCCACUCUGGUUCAGCUUUGCGGUCUAAGAUUGGACCGGAUUUCUGAAUUAUGGACUAACCAGACCGCUCUUCUGGACGUGACCGCCCUUAUCGGUUCAAUCGUCUUGCUCUUCCUCUUCGCCCUUUACUGGGCUACUCGGCCCAGACCCGUCUAUCUCGUGGACUUCGCUUGUUACAAACCCGAAGACCAACGCAAAAUGUCCGUGGAAUCCUUCUUGAGCAUGACUGAGGAGAAGCGGUCGUUCGAGGAAGAAAUGGUUCAGUUCCAGAGGCGAAUAUCUACCCGGUCCGGUCUGGGAGACGAGACUUAUCUACCUAGAGGGAUUACUUCCAGACCGCCCAAUCUGUGCAUGAAGGAGGCCCGGGCGGAGGCGGAGGCGGUGAUGUUCGGAGCAGUGGACUCGCUGUUCAGCAAAACGGGAGUGAAACCGGAGGACAUUGGGAUUCUGAUCGUGAAUUGCAGCUUGUUCUGUCCAACCCCGUCUCUGUCGACCAUGAUCGUGAACCAUUACAAGCUUAGAGCGGACAUAAACAGCUUUAAUUUGGGGGGAAUGGGUUGCAGUGCGGGUCUAAUAUCAAUCGACCUUGCGAAACAGCUCCUAAAAGCAAACCCAAACACAUACGCAGUGGUAGUGAGCACCGAAAACAUAACGCUGAAUUGGUACUUCGGAAAUGACCGGUCCAUGCUUCUGUGCAACUGCAUCUUCCGCAUGGGCGGAGCAGCCAUGCUUCUGUCCAACAAGGCUAAGGACAGGGUCCGGUCCAAGUACGAGCUUGUCCACACGGUUCGAACCCAUAAAGGUGCUGACGACAACAGCUACAACUGCGUGUACCAGAGAGAAGAUGAUAAGGGCACAGUGGGAGUUUCGCUAGCUCGCGAGCUAAUGGCGGUGGCGGGAGACGCUUUGAAGACCAACAUAACGACAUUGGGGCCUCUGGUGCUCCCGUUCUCGGAACAAUUGAUGUUUUUCCUUACUUUGGUGAAGAAAAAGUUGUUCAAAGUGAAGGUGAAACCUUAUAUACCUGAUUUUAAAUUGGCUUUUGAGCAUUUCUGCAUUCACGCAGGCGGUCGAGCGGUGCUUGAUGAGUUGCAAAAGAACUUGCACUUGACUGAGUGGCACAUGGAGCCCUCCAGGAUGACGUUGCACCGCUUCGGGAACACCUCCAGCAGCUCUUUAUGGUAUGAAUUGGCUUAUACCGAAGCCAAAGGCCGGGUUUCCAGAGGGGACCGGGUUUGGCAGAUUGCUUUUGGCUCCGGCUUCAAGUGUAACAGCGCUGUUUGGAAAGCCUUGAGGGAGAUUCCUGCUCCUGCUACUGCUACUCAGUUGAAAGCUAGCCCAUGGGGUGACUGCAUUCAUAGGUACCCGGUCAAACUUCCUCUAUCAUAGACACUCCAUAUGGAAUGGAAUAUCUCAGAUCAGUGCCUUUAUUAUUAUUAUUAUUAUUAUUAAUUGGUUCAAAGAUGAGAGAAGAAGAGAAGUCACGAUGGCCACUCACAGAGAUGGUUACCUCAUCUGUUUCAAAUUGUUUAUGGUGGUCCUUUAUGUAUGUAGUAUUUGUUUUUGUUUUUUUUAGCAAUGAGAAAGAAGAAUUGACAAAAUGAAAUUGAUGUA